CUCCGUUUGCCCUCUCCACGGCGAGGCGGCCAUUUUGUCCCCGAGCAGCCGCCGCGAUGCCCUCGGAGCCGGACAAGGACGUCUACCGGGAGCCCCCCUCCCGCACUCCGGCGCCCAACCCCCAGAGUACAGCCCCCAACCCCCUGGACUUGAUCGAGACAGUCUUUUACUACGCCGUCGACCGUCCAGUCUCUCUCUGGAGAGAAUGGAUCGAGCGCCAGCACGCCAAGAACCGGAUCUAUUAUUACCACCGGAAGUUCCGCCGUGUCCCGGACCUGACACAGUGCUUGGAGGAUGACUACGUCUGUUUCUUCGAAGCGGAGAUGCAGUGGAGGAGAGAUUUUUUGGUCGACCAGGAAAUAGUGAAAAUUGUCCAGGAUCGGAUGGGGGCUUGCAAGCAGCGGGAAGGCACUAGUCACCUAGAGAACUGUGCCGCGGAGGUGCAGCAGUUCAAAGACGUGGCCCAGGCCUAUCGGGACCGAUAUGGUGAACUCGGUUCCCACGGAAAUGCUCGCACGUGUUUAAUGAAGCAGAAGCACCGGAUGAUCGCUGCAAGGAAGGCUUCUGCGGCAGCAGCAACAGAAGCGUAACUCCAAGGCCUUUCCUGAACUGAAUGUCGAGACAACAGAAUGACGUGACCAGGUAUUGCUGUGUUUGAAAGCACAGCACAUUUUCAAUAAAGCAAACAAUUUACAUGUAACUGUUCUGAAAAAAAAUUAAAAUUAUCAUGGUAAAAAUUUUUCUCCAUGUUUGUAGAAGGAACGUGAAGUGUCCAUUAAGAUACCUUAGAAACAAUGGGAUUUGCUAUUUGUUUUGGGAGCAAGUUUUGGAAUCCAAGUGCAGUCUGCUUGCGAAGAUAGAAUAAUCUUAUGCCUCAGUUCCCCUAAUAUUUUAGACAGCUAUGGUACAAAUAAUCUACAUAUAUUUUUUUAAAAUUCUUAAACUGCAGAAUAUAGUAAUUCUACCUUCCUGCCUGGCAAAAGAGGGUGGACUAGAUAGCCUUUGGGGUCCCUUCCAACUAUAGGAGUAUAAUAAAUGAUAAUGGAUAAUAAUGUAGUAAUUCUACCUGGAUGGUCACUUCCAACUUCACCUAAGAAGCCUCCCAUGUUAAGGCUUCUCAAUGGGUGCUGUCUCUGAGCAUGUGUGAGUUCUCUCGGCCCACCACCCACCCUUUUGCAUCUGCUUCUACCAUGAGUAGCAACUGCCAUUCAUGAAUGUAGGCAAUGCAGCAUGGUUUUACAGAAGAAAGAAAUUUACCCUUAUGGACUUCAUUCUCAUUCAGUAAAAAUAUAUUCUUCCCCAUAAAGACUGCUGUCAAUCAAAAGAGCCCACCAAAGCAAAGAAAUAUUGACCAGACUGGUUUUAGAAAUCUCUUGGUUCUGAUACUUUAUUGAACAUGUUAGUCUUAAAAGAGUUUCCUCUUAAGUAGUGGCCACAGCGGCUGCCUGGGUUCUCUGCACAGAGACUCGGGUGGCAUGGGUCUUUGCCAGGUGGUCUGUAAACUCCUGCAGAAAGAAAAGAAAACGUAAGAAUCCUGUACUAAAUGUUUCAUGACCUAAAGAUCAUUAUCCAAAGCAACAGCCGUGCUUGCACGAUUUGCAGUUAGGAAAAAAGUCAGUAUCACAUUAGCAAAUAUAUUUAGCUUACGAUUUGGACUUCCUCCCCAGCUCUUGGAAGAGGAAUAAAAGCCAAUCCCAAGACGUUGUUCCUAAUCUCACACUUUCCUUACCUGAUAUGGAGAUUUGGUGAAAAUGGUCUCCUUCCACAGGUCGGGGGUCAGAUAGCUGUAGGUCUUGGAGAUGGCAUCAAAGGUGGCCUUGGCUGGAAAAAAGAAUGAUAGUUCAUUGACAAGCGGUUCAUCAACAAGGGACUCCCAACUGCAUCACCGUCACUGAGCACACGUGGGUCCACAACAUUCUGGCUUGUUGAGUCCGGGAAGGAACAGGGAGACCACUGAGUCAGGUCCCGCUGCCGUGCAUUUAGGGACUCCAUUACUGUCCCUCUCGGAAAACGACAGCAGCGCCACUGGCAUUGUGCGCCACUGAGCAGAGCUGAGAGGGUUUGAAAGCUCAUCCCAAAGUAUAGCACUAACACCAAACUGGAAACACUUCCAUUGAUUUCAUGUCGUAGUUUCCCCCCCAUAUAAAUAUAAAACACUUCUUUUUCUUCUGGUAGUAUUGAAAUUAGUGUGUGUCUUGUUAUCAAUGGUAUCUUGCAAUUGAUCGAAUAUGGGAUUAAGUCACUUAAAGUGACACAAGACUCUGGCUGCCUUUGUAUCAGCCGACAGCCAUGACUCCCAUCCUCAACUUUUUCCUAACACAGGCCUAGCUCUGCCUUGCAAGGUAUGGGUCAUAAUUAAAGAUACCUUAAUUAACAUAAUAUUAAUGACAAAGAUACAAAUAGAGAACAGUCAUAGAUACUAUAAUAUCCAAUAAUAAUUCAAAAAAUGCUACUACUGUUAUUAGUAUCUCUGUAUUAGUAUUAGUUUUUAUGUUGAAUGUUUUUAAUAUUGUGGAAUGAUAUUUUAAAUUGUAAGUCGCUCAGAGCACUCUUGUGGAGAGCGACUAAUUAAGAAAUAAAGUGAAGUGAAGUAUCUUCACCAUGAUGUCUCUUAUUAGGGUACAGCAAUAACAAUGUCAACAAAAUAAUAAUAAUAAUGCAUGGCAGAAUGGGGUUGGACUGGAUAGCCUUUGGGAGGCUUCUAACUGGGGGCCACAAACCUACCAAAGUUGCCCAAAGUGGCUGUGCAGCCCCUGGCCGAGGUGUAGCAGUCGUCAAUGCCAGCCAUCAUUAGCAGUUUCUUCGGAACCGGAGCAGAGACGAUCCCAGUGCCACGUGGUGCAGGGAUGAGACGCACCAGGACUGAGCCACACCGACCGGUGACCUAAAACAAAAGAUGGAAGAUCAGCUUCAUAUAAGGAGAGACUUCACAUGGUUUCAUGCUGAUACAGCCCCUCCAACGCCCAGUUACCUUGCAAGGCACGGUGUGGGGCUUGCCGAUCUUGUUGCCCCAGUAGCCCCGCCUGACUGGUACGAUGGACAGCUUGGCCAAGAUGAUGGCCCCCCGGAUGGCGGUGGCCACCUCUUUGGAGCAUUUGACGCCGAGACCCACGUGGCCGUUGUAGUCACCGAUGGCCACAAACGCCUUGAACCGGGUGCGUUGACCGGCACGCGUCUGUUUCUGCACUGGCAUGAUCUUCAGAACCUCGUCUUUCAGAGAAGAGCCCAGGAAAAAGUCAAUGAUUUCAGAUUCCUGCAAAAGCAAUGUUGUUGACUCAUCAGCCGCUGCAAAAGAAUCACCACUAUUGCAACAAGCAAGACCCCCCCACAAAGCUGCCCAGAGUGAUACCUUGAUUGGAAGGGAGAAAAGGUAGAUCUCUUCCAGGGACUUGAUCUUCAUGUCUUUGACCAGGCGGCCAAGUUUGGUGACUGGGAUCCACUGCAAGGAUGGAAAAGAACUAUUUUAAGCCCAAAACACACUAUCAAGUCAUUUACACCAAAUGUAACCUAGAGAGGCCAUGGAACACUGUCAUAAUAUUAUGCCAAGAAUAUUACUUAUUUAUAUUCUAUUAUAUAUUCAUAUUAUUCUAUCAUUCAGUACAACUGUCAUUGGCUGCUACCAGUCAAAGCAUCUGUCUGGCUGAUGAACUUAACCAGGGCUUAUUUUUGUGGUAGGGCUUAUGUAACAAAGAAAAAUCUGUUCCUGGUUUGAAAGUGUUAUUCCUGAUUAGUUGUGCAGAGCUUACUUUGAAAGUAGUUGUUCUACUCCAGAAACUUCAUUUUAGUGGCUGUCACAAACUAUGUUGAAUUUCUUGACUCUAUGAGGUACUUAUUGAAAAACUAAAGCAAAAUGUGCUGCAGGAUGGCCCUUCCGCAGAAACAAACAUUUUUGCAGUUUAAUAAACUGUUCCCAUGUUUUAAAGAUAGAGCCAAUUAGAAAUUGACAUUGAUAACACAGGAACAUAAAUUGUGUUGCAUAGUGUUAUCUUAACCACAGCUUAUUUUUGGUAGGGCUUAUAUUAUGGGCAUCAUGCUAGUUCUGAUUUCCAGAGGAAACAAAACAGUAGUAAUAAGGGUUUCCUCUGUGAAUAGCUUUUGGACUCCGGUGUACUGCGCUAACAGUGCAAUUCGGACUUUUAAGUGCAGAGAGAAUAAAAAGGAUGGAGCCCAACUCACUUCUUUGUCCUCGGCCUUGCCUCCGCGGGCCCCACGGCCUCUUCCCCGGCCCCUGCCCCGUCCGCGGCCCCUUCCUCGGCCUCCGCUGCCAAAGCCCCCACGGAAGCCGCCUCGGGCCGCCGGUCCUCCUCCUCCGGCACCACCACCAGCCCCUCCAGCUCCUCCCGCAGCACCGGCGUCGUCCGCCAUUUGCUGCCAAAAGGAAAAAAGAGACAUGGGAAUCGUCAUUUGUUACAAGCCUCAGUGUCCAAAUCAUUCUCAUUGAGUGCCACAUCAUGUGGCUUUCAAACCUUUUCACUCAGACAGGCUUUUAAAGGUUUUUAAGAUUAAGUCAUAGGAUUUUUAUCGUGUCAGAAGCAAAUUGAAAUAAGUCCUUUCUACAGAGAUGUUGCCCAGGGGAUGUCUGAAUGUGUUACCAUCCUACUGGGAGGCUUUUCUCAUGUUCCCGCAUAGCUAGGGCUGACCAACGGGAGCUCACCCCAUCCUGUGGAUUCGAACCUUCAUCCUUCAGGUCAACAUUUCAGUUGGCACAAGGGUUUAACCCACUGCGCCACCAUGGCCCCCAAGUCAUGGGGUUUGGCUUUGAAUAGGUUUGGGAUGUUAACUAUUAAUUUUUAAUUAAUACCAUUGCUACUUAAUUCUGUUUAAUGUUUGUACAUAUUUGGAUGGAAAACUGUAUUGAAAAGCUUUUUAAUGCAAGCUUCUUUGAGUCUCCUUUGUGGAGAGAAAAAGCAGGGUAUAAAUAAACAUAAUAAUAAUACAGACAGUAAUAAUAUUUUAUUUAUAACCUGCCCUAUCUCCCCAGGGAGGGACUUGGGGCGGUUUCCAACAAACAAUGGCAAACAUCCAAUGCCACAAUAAGUAAAAACAAAACAUUAAAAAAACAUAUAAAUACAAAUUUAUAAUAAUUAACAAAAAGGUAAGUGAUUAAAUAGACGUGGCAGAUCUAUAUCACAGGGAUGAAAAUAUGUGGGUUUUUAUAUUAUUAUUAGAUAGGACUGUGCUUUUGAUGGGACCAUUUGUUUUCAUUGUAUGUGAUGUCUUUGCUUUUAUAUCUUGUUCACGGCUUUGAACAGGAUAGAAAUAAAUAAAAAUAAUAUCUGAUUUUAAGAGUAUUUUCACAUAUUGACUAUAGUCAAUUCAAUAUCCCUUAUUCAUUGACACACAGUCCAUGAAGCCACGUUUGUUGAUAUCUAACAAAGGCUACAAAUAUGGCUCUAUUCUAGAGCAGUCUGGAUUCCCAGAUAAUUUAUCUUAUUUAUUUAUUUAAAAUAUUUAUAUUCCAUCCCAAAGGGGACUCAUGGCGGAUGACAAUGCACAUAUACAUGGCAAACAUUCAAUGUCAUUAGAUAUAUGACAUAUAGAAAAGACACAGAGGCCAUUUAACAUCUUCCAGCUUCUGGAUUCAUGAGAUAAGGGCUAUUCAACCUGUAUUUUAAAUAUUCAAAGUAAUGCAUUCCAGACUUUCUAUAUUAUUAUUAUUAAUAUCCCAUUUUAUCUCCCCAAAGGGGACUCUGAGCAGCUUGGCAGAAGAGCAUUAGCAGACUUUAAAAUAUACAAAAAUUAAAACAGAACUAAACACAAACAGCAAUAAAACAAUUUAGUUAAAAUCCUAUUUAAAAAGGAUCUUCAUCAUUUUUCUUCCCUACACUGCCAUAUAAUUCAAUGAUCAAAGCAGAUAAUCCACAUUGUAAUUCAGAUGGCCAAAGCAGACCCACAUUACCUCCUUUGAUCUGGAUUAUCGGAGUCCACACUGCCAUAUAAUCCAGUUCAAAGCAGAUAAUCUGGAUUUUAUAUGGCAGUGUAGAAGGAGCCCCACAUGGGCCUAUAAGAAAUAAUCCAGCCCAGUAUAGCCUCCCCAUGGCCUGCUAAUUCAGACAUUUCUAAUCUUGUAUACAUUAAGGCCUUAGUAGGCCCAAAACAAAGGAUCCACGUCUGAAUGUAGACUUGAAUCCAUAACUAACAGCUCCCGGGGAAAAAUUAUACAGAAAAUAUUUUCCUUUUGGACUCCUUAGGAGAUUAGCAACCAUUCCCAACUCGCGGAAAUCGAUUUAAACCCGCGAUGACAACGGAUUCCCCUUUCCCAGCGGUUCUUUGACAAAUCCCCUCACUUACGUGAUCUCGAUUAGAAGGCCGAAAGCCUGCGACGGAAGGUAUUUAUUCACCGCCAACUCUCGCGAGGUUUUCCUCACGGCUGACCAGACGCGCAGCCGCAGAAGAUUUGUUAUGUGGUGAUGCUGGUGUUGGGAACCCCAUACCGAGCAUGGAUUAAGGUACGCAGUCUAUAAAAAGGCCUCUAGAGACGAGCCACUUCCUGUCUGCACUUGGCCACGAGGUAAGCAAUACCUAGGAGAGGAAGUUGCAGGAUAUAGAAGAAAGUGCAUAGACAUUUGGGGCUUUGGCAGGCCCCUAAAUUAUGGAUACAUAAGAAGACUGCAUCUCGAAACGUUGGAGAACCUCGAAUGCUGUGAGUGGAAGAAGAGAGCCAUGGAGAUAAACAACAAAGAGAAUAGGCUUCUUGUUGAAGAAGAAUCACUCAAUUUGUUGUAUCCAGAACAGAAUAAUAGUCGGAAGAUAUAGAUAUGUGUAUUAAUGAAAUAAAAAUAAAUUUCUUGUUUGCA